CAGGCAUACACUAGUCUACGCGGAAUUCGUGUUACAGCAGAUUGCACUGAGAUCAAGCCUGGUAUUAACAUUCGUCUGCCACAUUUCUUCUCAGGUUGCUGCAUCAUAGAAAAGCACACUCCUGUCACAUCAAUUAUAUUUUUAUUAUCUAAAAGUUUAUAUCGGUUUCUUUAUACUAUCAUGUAUUCAGUCAUGGACGACUAGACUCCAGUUAUGGGAUGUCUAGCAUAGAGAGAGGCUUGAAUGAAAACACCCUGUGAUCACAUUCAAAUAGCUAAUCUUGAAAUAGUUUUACUGUUAAGAAUUAUUAACUACUAAAAAAUUUUUUUUAUCAGUAUACAUGGAUGAGCUAAAACAUUAUGACCACUCACAGGUGAAGCUAAAAGCUUUGAUCAUCUCCUAACAAGGCCACAUGUCAAGGUCUGGGUAGAUUAGAUGGUAGGCAAACAAUAAGUUCUUGUUGUCAAUGUGUCGACUGCAGGAGAAAUGGGCAAGAGUAAAGACCUGAGUGACUUUGACAAGGGCCAAAUUGUUAUGGCCAGGCGACUGGGUCAGAGCAUCUCUGAAACGGCAAGGCUUGUGGGGUGCUCCCGGUCAGCAGUGGUGAGUACUUACCGACGAUGGUCAGAGGAGGGACAAACCACAAACCGGCGACAGGGUGUUGGGCGCCCAAGGCUCAUCGAUGCACGAGGACAACUAAGGCUAUCCCAUCUGGUCCGAACUGACAGAAGUCCUACUGUGGCACAAGUCACAGAAAAUUUUAAUGAUGGUAACGUGAGGAAUGUGUCACAACACACAGUACAUCGCACCCUGCUGCGUAUGGGGCUGCGUAAGCGCAGACCGGUCAGAGUGCCAACAGGACAAACAGCAUGUUAGACAUGUGGUCAUAAUGUUUUGGCUCAUCAGUCUAGUCUUUAUUUCUUUGUAACCCUGGUUGAGUUUGAGGAGCAACCAUGGAGGAUGUUCAUCUCAUAAUUAAAUUCAUCAAGUUCACAGCUGUUUGUUUGGUGUAGCAUGUGAUGCAUCAGUUUAUUGGUUAUAAGUUAGUUUCUUUAAGUGAAGUUAUCCACCUUUGCCCUCUGUGGUGUAAUCCAUUCAGUAUAUUGUAAGGACAUGAUUUCUAAUGAGGUGCUCUGAAUUUUUUAGAUAGGGGUCAGAUGCUCUUAUAACCUAAAAUAAGUUGUAUGUAAAAUCCCUUGCUUAAUAUCACAGUUCAUGCUUUGCACUCACACAGGGUGUUACAAUCAAGCCUUUCUCUCUGCUGGACAACCCAUAUUCCUCCAUCUAUUUCUCAUGGAAAUUCUACAAAACAGUGCUUUCCUGAGGGGGUUGUGUCGUAAUAGCUCCCCUGCAAAUUUACAGUAUGAUAAUUCCUCUGAACUCUUUCGCAUAUCUACAUAUGCUAAGUUCCCCAUCACUGCAGCCGUGACCGAGAGGAGCCUGGCCCGUGCAGGGUUUUAUUACACUGGAGUCGGUGAUCGUGUUCAGUGUUUCUGCUGCAAUGUGACCGCAGAGAAUUGGCAGUCUGUCGACUGCCCCGCCGAGAAACACAAACAGCUGUCCCCAAACUGCAGCUUCAUCCAGAGCUUACCUGCCACUGCAAACCUUCUGUCAUCCUCCCACUCUGCCUUUUCCCCACUUCGCAAUGUGGUGGUCUUGCAGCUUUCCGCUACUGCUGCCUCUUCAUCAGGCCAGACUGAGGAGCAGGUGGGUUACUUAAACAUGGGAUUCAGCAAUCUGGCCCCUUCCAGUCCUAUUGCCUCCCGUGGAGUGGAGGAUAUGUCUCACCAACGACCACCAGCUUGUCACAAUCCUGGUAUGCACCGGGAACAAGAACGACUUGAUACCUUUCAGAAUUGGACUCUGACUACAGUAACUUCAGCUGAGCUAGCAAAAGCUGGUUUCUACUACCUUGGCCAGGGUGAUAAGGUGGCUUGCUUCAGUUGUGGAGGCCAGCUUAGCAACUGGGAAACAGGAGACAGGGCAGUAACAGAGCACCAGAAGCAUUACCCAAACUGCCGUUUUGUUCGAGGGGAUCGUUCAGAUAAUGUGCCCAUAUCUGGUGGUGGCUUUUCCAAUGUAUCCAACUCAGCAAUGCAACAGUGUGAUGAAAGGCUACUCACAUUUGUCAAUUGGCCCUCAAGAAUACCUGUUCGACCAGACCAGUUGGCUAAAGCUGGCUUUUACUAUGUUGGUCGCAAUGAUGACGUGAAGUGCUUCUGUUGUGAUGGUGGACUCAGGUGCUGGGAGUCAGGGGAUGAUCCUUGGGUGGAACAUGCCAAGUGGUUUCCAAGAUGUGAGUACCUUUUGCAAGAGAAGGGCCAAGAGUUUGUACUUCAGAUUCAAGCACGAUUUCCAAGACUAUUUGAGCAGCUCUUGACUAAUGGAGAUGCCAACUCGAGAGAAUUUGUUGAUCCACCUGUUGUGCACUUGGGUCCUGGUGAGGACCGUUCAGAAGAUGCAGUGAUGAUGAACAAUCCUGUGGUGAAGUCAGCCUUAGAAAUGGGAUUUGAGCGUGGCUUGGUGAAGCAAACUGUCCAGAGCAAAAUUCUCACAAGUGGAGAGAAUUACAAAACUGUUCAAGAACUGGUGUCUGAUUUACUAAGUGCAGAGGAUGAGAAGAGAGAGGAGGAGAGAGAGCUUCUUGCUGAAGAAAUGGCCUCAGAUGGUUUUACUUUCCUUAAGAAGCAUCAUGCUGCCUUGGCACAACGUCUAAAAAGUGUUCAGAGCUUAAUGGACCAUCUUCUCGAGGAGAAUAUAAUUUCACAGAAAGAGUAUGACACCAUACGUAACUGCACUUCAGUCAAGCAGCAGACUGCGCAGCUCAUUGAAUUAGUCCUGUCAAAAGGGAAUGCAGCAGCAGAGGUUUUCCGCAACUGGAUCAAGAAGAAUGAUGUGUAUCUGUUGAGAGAACUUAUGGCCCAGGCAAAUGAAGCUGCAUCACCGAGUCAAGAACUUUCAGAUUUGCCUAUGGAAGAACAGUUGAGAAGACUACAAGAGGAGCGCACUUGCAAAGUGUGCAUGGACAAGGAGGUCAACAUUGUGUUCAUUCCCUGUGGGCACUUAGUGGUGUGUAAAGAAUGUGCGCCUUCACUACGCAAAUGUCCAAUAUGUAGAGGAUUGGUGAAAGGCACUGUGCGUACUUUCCUAUCAUAAAAUGAAUUGCUUUCCUCUUGAAGUAACAUAAAACCAACAUUUAAUUGGAGUAAAUAAAAUUUUAUCCUGAAGUUAAAGGAAAUUCACUGCUAUUAAAUGUUGAAGACAUCUUUAAAAGAAACAUUCUAUCUGGAGUUCAAUGAAGCAUUAUUUAAUAAAGAAUAAAACAUUAUAUCUUUGUAGUUCAUUAACAUUUUGUUUUGAAUACAAAUGUGGAUAUGAUAAGAGAAAUUCUAAGAAUUGCAUUUCAAAUUUUGCACUGUGGUUUUACAUAUUUUUAAAAGCAUGUUACAUUUUAUUUCAGGCUAAAAAAUUAUUUACUUCAUAUAAACAAAACACAUCUGCACCUUUUAAUGUUUUAAUAAUACAUUCAUGUAAACCAUUGGUUUAGUUGUGUAAACAUAGAGUAAUAAAAAAAUAAAUAUACAUUUUUUAUUAAAAUAUUUUUAUGUUUGAAGGUUACUCAAGCUUGGGCCCACUUUUACUCUAAGCUUAACAUAUAAUUUAACAACACACUCCAACUUUUACUUAACAAUUGUGCAACCUGUAUGAUCAUUUUUAAAUGCUUUGAAUUGGGGUUUUUGUUCUGUAGUCAUUAAAUAUUCAGAAAAUCCUACUAAUUACCUGGAUGAAAUCUUCUUCUGCAACAUCAUAGUUGAGUUGAUCAUGCAGCUGGUGUAUAUAAAAAAAUGUAAAAAAAAAAAAAAAAACCCCUCUAGGAGAUCUUAGUUGAUUCCUGUGCCGACCUUCUUCAAUUUACAUUAAAUCAAAAUUAAUUCACAUAAUCUGAAAGUGAAAAGGCUAUAAAAUCAAGUCUGUCAUGGCAGGUGCUGAUGUAAUGUGGGCUACCCAGGAAAAGUUGCUUCCAGUCGGCACUGGAUGUUGAUUGUUGCUAAUUUUACAAUGUCAGCACUUGGCAGCAGAGCCCUGCACUGUUGUGUUCACUCUCUGUCGCUCUGACUGAAAAGAGUCCCAAACGCCUUUCUUUAGCACAUAUUCCACAGAAGCAAUAUUCUGAAAAUGUCCAUGAAAAUUGUGCUUGCAUUAGAUUUUAUAUACACAUAUAUAAAUUGGUCUUUUAUUCCAGGAAAGAAAUGCUAACUGCCAAGUAGUGUGUAAAUCUGCUAACAUAAGAUUUCAGAGACAACUAAUACGUUCUCAAUUUGAGAGUAGUACCACCAAUCUCCCCUCAAGUAGCUUUUUGGCUCAAUCAUGAAAUGGUAAGCAUAUGAAAGACUCAAAAAUAAUUUCUGUCCGACUCUACAAACGUAUUAAACUUAUUGGUAUUCUCAAAAGUCUUUAUCAUUUUUACCUUUUUGAUUGAUUGAAUAGUGUUGAAAGGUGUUUUGUGAUUUUGCCAAGUAGCAAUUCAGGUAAAGGAGGCACUCAUUACCAUCUCAACCUUA